GAUUGUGUUUUGUGAUGACGUCUCUGGUGUUUUCAGCCCUCAGAACCUCCUGGAUUUGGUGGAGAUGGAGAGGAAAGUCAGAGAAGCAAAAGCAGAGCGAGAGCGACUGCUGAGAGAAAGAGAGGAGCGUCUGAUGGAGGAACAGCGGAGACAGAAAGAGCCUUUAAGAACACACACGGACACACUAAAAGCAAACGCACACACUGAAGAACGGACACAGAUCAGCUCAACAAACCACACACUCGAGGGUGUUCCUCUGUCCCUGACGCUGGAUUUUGACCUGCGGGCUCAUGUGGAGUCUCUGGGUCAUAAUGUGUCGGGCUGUAUGGGUGUAAAUCUGUCCUCCAGGCGCUGCGGAGGAUUCCUGACCAAACGCGGCGGUCGAGUGAAGACCUGGAGGAGGAGAUGGUUCAUCUUUGACCUGGACCACCAGAGACUGGCCUACUACACCGAGCUGGAUGAGAAGAAGCUGAAGGGUGUGAUAUAUUUCCAGGCCAUCGAGGAGGUUUAUUAUGAUCAUCUGCGGACGGCAGCGACGUCUCCACGUCCCAGUCUGACGUUCUGUGUGAAAACCUACGAGCGUCUGUUUUUCCUGGUGUCUCACAGCGCAGAGGCCAUGAGGAUCUGGAUGGACGUGAUCGUCACUGCCACUGACGAACACAGCAGAUACUGAACACACACACUGACACAUACACACUCACAGAUACACUGCAACACACACAGAUACCCGCACACAAACACACGAGUGCAGGGCGUUCUGUGAUUGACUCUGCUGCCCCCUGCUGUUACACUACACACAUCACACACGCUCCAGAUUUCAGCUCUAUUUAUAUUUAUUACUGUUUCGUAUUCAUCGCUCAUGUUUUGCUACGGAAAUAUUUUUGGGUAAAAAUACGGCAAAGUGUUAAUAAAUAUUUACAUUCCAAACAA